UACUUUGUGAUGAGAUCGGGGAUGAAUUGCUCGCUUUAAAAAUGCUGCUUUGGAUUCUGUUGCUGGAGACGUCUCUUUGUUUUGCCGCUGGAAACGUUACAGGGGAUGUUUGCAAAGAGAAGAUCUGUUCCUGCAAUGAGAUAGAAGGGGACCUACACGUAGACUGUGAAAAAAAGGGCUUUACAAGUCUGCAGCGUUUCACCGCCCCGACUUCCCAGUUUUACCAUUUAUUUCUGCAUGGCAAUUCUCUCACUCGACUUUUCCCUAAUGAGUUCGCUAACUUUUAUAAUGCGGUUAGCUUGCACAUGGAAAACAAUGGCUUGCAUGAAAUCGUUCCCGGGGCUUUUCUGGGGUUGCAGCUGGUGAAAAGGCUGCACAUCAACAACAACAAGAUCAAGUCUUUUCGAAAGCAGACUUUUCUGGGGCUGGACGAUCUGGAAUACCUCCAGGCUGAUUUUAAUUUAUUACGGGAUAUAGACCCGGGGGCCUUCCAGGACUUGAACAAGCUGGAGGUACUCAUUUUAAAUGACAAUCUCAUCAGCACCCUACCUGCCAACGUGUUCCAGUAUGUGCCCAUCACCCACCUCGACCUCCGGGGAAACAGGCUGAAAACGCUGCCCUAUGAGGAGGUCUUGGAGCAAAUCCCUGGCAUUGCCGAGAUCCUGCUAGAGGAUAACCCAUGGGACUGUACCUGUGAUCUGCUCUCCCUGAAAGAAUGGCUCGAAAACAUUCCCAAAAAUGCCCUGAUCGGCCGAGUGGUCUGUGAAGCCCCCACCAGACUGCAGGGGAAAGACCUCAAUGAAACCACCGAACAGGACUUGUGUCCUUUGAAAAACAGAGUGGAUUCUAGUCUCCCAGCGCCCCCUGCCCAAGAAGAGACCUUCGCUCCUGGUCCCCUGCCAACUCCUUUCAAGACAAAUGGACAAGAGGAUCAUGCCACCUCAGGGUCUGCUCCAAACGGAGGUACAAAGAUCCCAGGCAACUGGCAGAUCAAAAUCAGACCCACAGCAGCGAUAGCGACCGGCAGCGCCAGAAACAAACCCCCAGGCAACGGCUUGCCCUGCCCUGGGGGCUGCAGCUGUGACCACAUCCCAGGGUCGGGUUUAAAGAUGAACUGCAACAACCGGAACGUGAGCAGCUUGGCUGAUUUGAAGCCCAAGCUCUCCAACGUGCAGGAGCUUUUCCUGCGAGAUAACAAGAUCCAUAGCAUCCGAAAAUCACACUUUGUGGAUUACAAGAAUCUCAUUCUGUUGGAUCUGGGCAACAAUAACAUCGCCACCGUAGAGAACAACACUUUUAAGAACCUUUUGGACCUCAGGUGGCUGUAUAUGGAUAGUAACUACCUGGACACGCUGUCCCGGGAGAAAUUCGCCGGGCUGCAAAACCUCGAGUACCUGAACGUGGAGUACAACGCGAUCCAGCUCAUCCUUCCUGGCACCUUCAACGCCAUGCCCAAACUGAGGAUCCUCAUUCUUAACAACAACUUGCUGAGGUCCCUACCCGUGGACGUGUUCGCUGGGGUCUCGCUCUCUAAGCUCAGCCUGCACAACAAUUACUUCAUGUACCUCCCAGUGGCAGGGGUGCUGGACCAGUUAACCUCCAUCAUCCAGAUAGACCUGCACGGAAACCCUUGGGAGUGCUCCUGCACUAUUGUGCCUUUCAAGCAAUGGGCAGAACGCCUGGGUUCCGAAGUGCUGAUGAGCGACCUCAAGUGUGAGACGCCGGUGAACUUCUUUAGGAAGGAUUUCAUGCUUCUCUCCAAUGACGAGAUCUGCCCCCAGCUGUACGCGAGGAUCUCGCCCACGUUAACUUCGCACAGUAAAAACAGCACUGGGUUGGCGGAGACCGGGACGCACUCCAAUUCCUACCUAGACACCAGCAGGGUGUCCAUCUCCGUGUUGGUCCCGGGACUGCUGCUGGUGUUUGUCACCUCCGCCUUCACUGUGGUGGGCAUGCUCGUGUUUAUCCUGAGGAAUCGAAAGCGGUCUAAGAGAAGGGAUGCCAACUCCUCGGCGUCCGAAAUUAAUUCCCUACAGACAGUCUGUGACUCUUCUUACUGGCACAAUGGGCCUUACAACGCAGAUGGGGCCCACAGAGUGUAUGACUGUGGCUCCCACUCGCUUUCAGACUAAGACCGCAACCCGGGUAGAGCAGGGAAGCGGGAAGGCGAAGCCGGAUUCCCCCACCCCCGUCCGCAUCCCAGGGGUCAGAGGAGCCCAGAUCCAAGUCCGCGUGCCCCAAGGCUUGAUGGACAUAAGUAAAUAAAUGAACUCGCUCAACUGAGAGGGUCUGACCCCUGAGCUCCCUUCUGGAAACAAAGAGCGGACUGUGUCUGGGAAAGCGCUGCAGCUCGCUCUUUGCUGCGAGCCCCUUUUGACAAAGCCCAGCAGGGGCCCUGCUCGAAGAACUGACAGUGCUCCUGCCCCCGGCGGAGGGGCUGGUGGGGACGGCUGCCGCGGUCCUAUACGCACAGACAUAUAGCCACAUCUAUAUAGAGAGAUAGAUAUCUAUUUUUCCCCUGUGGAUUAGCCCCGUGAGGAGCGGGGCGUGAUGGCUCCCUGUUGGCUGAGCAGGGACGGGCAGUUGCA